AACAACCUCUCACUUUACUACCCAGUCUUCCUUAUCUUAAUCCCGUAAACAAUACGAAGCUAUGCAUCACAUAACAUUCAAUCCCCAAUCCCCAUGUACGUAUUUCAUUUUCACCCCUGCCUCUCCUGUGGCCUGUGGGGCGACUUCAACCUGUAAAGAGGUAAAACAUUUACUGAGAUAUCCCAUGAAUUAAAUACUCCUCCUCCUCCUGUAUUUGAUUUAUUAUUUCUGUCAUUGUAUCUCAGAUUUUAUAUACACAGAGUUACAGACACAAAGGAGUGGCCAGUUGGAUCUAAACCAGUACUAUAUAAAUAUAUAUUUUUUUUAUAAAAAUAUGUAAUACUAUAUACUCCUGUAAAUCUCAAUAUAUAUGUUCAUUAUGUUGAAAGAUUAGCACUUUAGCCUUCAUAUUCUUUUCCCACUCAUCCAUAUCCCACUUCUUGCACCCAAACUUCACAACUAUACAUACAUGUUUGUGUAAGUAUAGUAGUUUCAAGAUCUUCAACAGCUGAUUUUCAGGCAACAUCGGAUGCAACUGGUGUAACAUGGCACCAAAAUUAAGUGCAGGAGACAGUAGGACCAGGAGUUCUGUAUCUAUAUUUAUUGUAGUUGGUUUGUGUUGUUUCUUUUACUUGUUGGGAGCAUGGCAAAGGAGUGGGUUCGGGAAGGGAGACAGUAUAGCUUUGGAGAUGACCAAGACUGGUGCAGACUGCAGUGUGCUCCCAAAUCUUAAUUUUGACACCCAUCAUAGCGGUGAUGUUGGAAUAAUUGAUAAUUCUGGAUCAAAAGUUAAAAAUAUAAAGCCAUGCCACUCUCGUUUUACUGACUACACACCUUGUCAGGAUCAAAGUCGUGCAAUGACUUUCCCAAGGGAAAAUAUGAAUUACAGAGAAAGGCAUUGCCCCCCUCAGGAAGAGAAGUUGCAUUGCCUCAUUCCUGCACCUAAAGGAUAUGUAACCCCAUUCCCAUGGCCUAAAAGUCGUGAUUAUGUACCCUAUGCAAAUGCACCUUAUAAGAGCUUGACAGUUGAAAAGGCUAUUCAGAACUGGAUUCAGUACGAGGGUAAUGUAUUUAGAUUCCCUGGUGGAGGGACACAAUUUCCUCAGGGUGCGGAUAAAUAUAUUGAUCAGCUCAUGUCGGUGAUACCAAUUGAGAAUGGGACUGUAAGAACUGCUCUAGAUACUGGUUGUGGGGUUGCUAGUUGGGGUGCAUACCUUUGGAAGAGAAAGGUUAUAGCAAUGUCAUUUGCACCAAGAGAUUCUCACGAGGCACAGGUUCAGUUUGCUCUUGAGAGAGGAGUACCAGCUGUUAUUGGUGUUCUUGGAACCAUAAAAAUGCCAUAUCCGUCUAGGGCAUUUGAUAUGGCUCAUUGUUCUCGUUGCUUAAUUCCAUGGGGAGCAAAUGAUGGAAUGUACAUGAUGGAAGUUGAUCGAGUUUUGAGACCUGGUGGCUAUUGGGUGCUUUCUGGUCCUCCAAUUAAUUGGAAGGUCAAUUACAGAUCCUGGCAGCGUCCCAAGGAGGAACUUGAGGAAGAACAAAGGAAGAUUGAAGAGGUUGCCAAGAAUCUUUGUUGGGAGAAAAAAUCCGAAAAGGGCGAAACUGCUAUAUGGCAGAAGAAAUUAAAUGCUGAUUCUUGUCGUGCUUCACAAGCUAAUUUGUGCGACUCCUCAGAUCCAGACAAUGCCUGGUACAAGAAAAUGGAGGCAUGCAUCACUCCAUAUGCUAAAUCAAAUGCUGAAGCAGGCGAGGUACUGAAGACAUUUCCGGAAAGGCUUUAUGCUAUGCCUCCUAGAAUAGCUAGUGGAUCUGUCCCUGGAAUCUCUGAAGAGGCUUACUUGGAAGAUAACAGAAACUGGAGAAAGCAUGUCCAUGCUUAUAAAAGAAUCAAUAAAAUUAUUGACUCGGGAAGGUAUCGAAACAUAAUGGACAUGAAUGCUGGGUUGGGAGGUUUUGCUGCAGCAUUGGAAUCUCCAAAAUUGUGGGUUAUGAACGUUGUACCCACUUUGGCUGAGAAAAAGACUCUUGGUGUUAUAUAUGAGCGAGGACUGAUUGGUAUCUAUCAUGACUGGUGUGAAGCUUUUUCAACUUACCCGAGGACUUAUGACCUUAUUCAUGCCAAUGGUCUGUUCACUUUGUACAAGGACAAAUGUGAGUUUGAAGACAUUCUACUGGAGAUGGAUAGGAUUCUUAGGCCAGAGGGUGCAGUCAUAAUCCGCGAUGAAGUUGAAGUACUUGUCAAGGUGAAGAAGAUAGUCAGUGGGAUGAGAUGGGAUACUAAAAUGACAGAUCAUGAAGACGGGCCCCUUGUUCCUGAGAAGAUUCUUAUCGCUGUUAAACAAUAUUGGGUCACGGGAGAAAACAACUCCACAUCCUCGCAGUAAAUUCGUAGAAUCAAUACGGAAAACAACACGAUGGCAUGGUUUGAAGAAGCAGUGCUUUUGUUUGUAUAACACUUUGGUUCAUGUAUUAUUAUCUCACCCUUGGCUGUUUUGCUAGAAAAGGCUUAUCUGGGAGUGUUAAAGAAUAGUCUGGAGUAUUUUUGUUGUAUGUUUAACCAACAAACUCACGCACUUUUUGAUAAAUUAAUUUUUUUUU